CCCGCUUGGUUUGAAUACGUCGAUCACUUGGUUUUUCAUGGAUUCUCCAGGAAUGAUGUGGGCUGAUUUUUACGAUUUCAUUAAUUUGUGUGUUAAGUAAGCAGCCGACAUAUUCCGCCAUCGCAAAUUUACUGUGAAUUAGGGAAUCCAUUCCGGCGCCUCUGCCGGCGCGGAACCCAGAAAGUGUCGGCCGCUGCAAAGCAACUACUCAUCGCACUAUCUGUGCUAACACCAAGCCUCUCGUUUCAUGCCCUAGAAGUGUGCAAAAUUCUCAAUGUCUGGAUGAUCAUGAGCCAUUUCGGAAACAUUUUCUCCCUAAUAUUUUCUGCGAACACCCUCACUCACUGUAUUCUAUGUACGUUGAUGUCUUCUCAGUAUCGAGCUUCUGCAAAAUCAGUAAUCUCUUGUGGCUAUCUUUCGCAGAAGAGUAAGAGCAGCAUUGUCAGCGUAACUCAACACUGUGAGAGCUGUAAGAAGAUGUCUACAAUUGCGAUGAGUAAAAUCUAAUACUGAAUUAU